CCGCUAUACACCAGUUGUCGCAAAAGUUACGCUCAAACAUGCGGUCACUGUUGGAGAGUCAACGAAACAAACACGAAGACAACAGCGACACCACGUUUCUCAUCGACGAACUAUUGCCGCAAUUGUCCGCAAACACCGACCAAUUCAGACGCUCGGCCACCGAGAGUGGCGUUAGUGUCAGCAGAGAUCUGUCGACAAUACUCAAGAAUCUGAAAAAAUUAGAGCAAAGUUUUGAUGUACUGAAUCAAGUGUUGGAUCCGAGCCUUUCGACCACACAAUCGACGGCCACUCGAAGACAUCCGAACGCAUUCUUUGUGGUCGAUGUAUAGCAGCUGUUCCAUAGGUUACAUAAUAUUGGUUUAGAAGACAAUCUCUGCCCACACCUGUGUGUGCGUGCCUUUCAGGUGGUGGUGUGCGGGCACUGCUAUCCUAUCCUAUAAGCGCCCACUCCUUCUCCAUAGUCUUCGCCAUCCUUUAGAUGUAUUUGUAUUUUCCCUAUUUUUGUAUAGAAAUUGCAUACAAAUCAUAUAUUAAUUCCUUCAAUCAAUUUGAAUACAAAACUCAUUUCACAAAUACAGCUUUUGCGCACUUCUUUCCUACGCCUCUCUCUCUCUCUCCCUCCCUCUAACACAUGUCUAACAUUUUUAUUAUGGUUUUAUUCACUACUCAUUUAACACACUCUUAAUUGAAGUAUUUUUAAAUUAUUAUAUAUUUUUGUUUACUAUUGCCUG